GAAAAAACCGUAGAAAAUAAAGUCAAGCUUCACUAAACUCUGCAGGCUAGCCGCCAACCCCAGCACUGACCCGACUUUACCGGGUUCCCAAAUCCCCACAUCUAGCUAAUCGCCCAAAAUCUCUCUCAACUCAAACCUCCUCCAUCUCCGCCAUGGACUUCCCCCAUAACCAUUCCACAAACUCUCCCUCUUCCUCAUCCUCCACCUCCUCCUCCACUGCCCACCAACCUCCUCCCUCCACCGCCACCGACAAUGAUCCAAUGCACUCCUGGUGGGAAUCCGUCUCCAAACAACGUUCCCGCAUCCUUUCCCUCUCUUCUCUCCUCCCAUCCGAUGGAAUCACCCUUUCCUCCUUGGCCGAUUCCGACCGUCCCGCCCUCUCUCUCCUCUCAUCUCUCUCGGCAUACUCCCUAAUUUCCUCUGCCCUUUCCUCUCCUACCUCUGGCUCCGGCUCUGACCCUCUCUGCCAAUGGCUGUACGAAACUUUCCAAUCCCCCGACCCUCAUCUCCGCCUCCUCGUCCUCUCUUUCCUCCCUCUCCUUUCCGGCAUCUAUCUUUCCCGGAUCCACUCCUCGGAUUCUUCUUCCUUCCCCUCCCUCGCCGGCUUCGAAGCUGUUCUCCUCGCCGUUUACUCUUCCGAAGCCAAAUCCCGUUCCGGAAAAGCUGUCCUCGUCCAAAUUCCCGACCUCUCCCAACCCUCUCUUUACCACACUCCUCGUAACAAGCCCGUUCAUGACAGAUCUAGGCAAUCCGUCGGCGUUUUAUCACCUCCGCUCGAGCCACAUUUAGCCGUUAAGUCAACUAAGCGAGCUAUCAUCGUUGGGACCGCGCUUGAUUGCUAUUACAAGCAAGUUUCUCAAAUGCCGGCUUGGUCUAAGCUGGAGUUUUGCAAAUUCGCCGCCGCUUGGGCGGGGCAAGAUUGUCCUUGCAGAACAAAAUUUGACAGCGAUGAUCAUCAGCACCAGGAAAAUGGUAAUGGAAAUAAUAAUGGUCAUAACCGCUUUUUUAGGGAGGAUUCGGGGUUUAGUAACGGAAGGAGAAGCCGCUCCAAUGAAGACGUGGACUACGAGGAUGAUGUGAUUAAGGAGGUGGUGGUGGAGACGGACAAUUUGGGGAUUAGCAAAGAAGAUGCGGAGAAUUUGGAGAAAAAGGGAGUGAGGAUUCCGUUACCUUGGGAACUUUUAAGGCCGGUGGUGACAAUUUUAGGGCAUUGUUUGUUUGGUCCUUCGAAUUCCCAAGAUGUAAAGGACGCCGCCUCUGUUGCGAUUAGGUGUUUAUACGCGAGGGCGUCUCAUGAUUUGGCUCCGCAAGCCAUCUUGGCGUUGCAGAGUCUGAUUAGGUUGGAUAACAGUGCAAGAGCAUCAGCAAAGGCAGCUGCUACGGCUGCUGCUAACGCAUCAUCGAAUGCCAACACACCUAGCAAGGCUAAGAAGCCAGAAAUCCUUUUGGUCUCCAAGUGAUUUUAAGGUUUUUCUUUUCUGGUAGUGGAUGUGUAUAGUUGAGCUCAGGUAUUUUUGUGUAGGAUAAUUUAUACUUUGUGGGAAAUUAAUUUUACUACUAUUAGUUUAUUUAUUAUUAUCCUUUAAAUUGUAUUGAUUAUGCCCUUUUUAAAUUACGUUUUGUGAGUUGUAUCACUUGUAGGGUCUCGGUGCUUGUGGAUUUCUGAUUGCUUAAAAGAUAUGUGGUUUUAUUUUGAAUCAGUUUGACUUGAGGUUUUACUUC